AGAUCUUUCGUAAAAAUGCUGACGACCUUCGCGACCGAUUCGAAGUAUCGGCAAGUGGGAGAGAGAACUCAUCUCGUUAGUGUCGAUUCCGCCGUCCAGCAAGAUGCACUUGUCCCCGUAACUUCAUACGCUACGCUAGUCCGUGUGAAUCGACGAAAACGCGACGUGUACACACGGACGUGUCCCGAUUUCCUUGCGAGUAAACUGGAUUCAGGAAACGUGAGCGUUCAGUUAACUAACCAUCGACGAGCUCGCAUCUCCGGGAAGUUCAUUCAGAACAUGUACGUGUUAUCAAUCAAUUCCUUUGCAACCAAUUUGCUGCUCCUCUGCUUCAUCAGUACGCUUUGCAGCGGAACUGAAAAAUCAGAAUGGACUUCCUACGAAGUCAACAAACCGAUGCGUUAUCAAUUUCGAUCGACACAUUCCGACGAGAUUCCCGAUGAAGAGCGGCAGCAUCGAUCCAACAUACCGAGUUACAAAAGCAAAGAAUUAUAUAACGAUUAUACGAGACCUCAGCGCGAAAAGAGCGACAUUCAAAUUUCGCAGUUGGAUCAGCGUGACAAAGAGGCUCGAUGGAAGGAUGAGGAAAUAACGAGAAAGUUGAAUAUAUUAAAUAAAAUGUUAUCCGAAGAUUCCAACGAAAAUGACAUCGAGUUGAAGAAUACCAUCGAAGAGAAAGACAGGAUCAUCGCGGAAUCAAGUAUGUCUGAAGAAGCGAAAAGAGUCGCCAGACAAGUUCGCAAGCAUCGACCGGGAUUUUUCUGGACAUUGGCGAGACUAGCUUUCGAAACAUUCAACGACACACGCUCGGCGAUUCAACAAAUUAGCAACAUCAUCGGCGAGAAUUUCGAGCCAGACACAACCACGCAACGGCCAAGUAGAAUUAAUUCAUCGUUGGUUACUAAACCCACCACGCCGCCAGAGGACCAAAAUAACAUAUCCAGCAACCUGGCCAACGUAAACGUAACAGCAACGGUUACAACAGCAACAGCAGAAACAAGAACAACUACUACUACAAUGCGGCCUUAUAAAUUUACAGUAAAUGGUGUGCAAAAUCUGAUUAUGAGAAAUUUGCGUGGUCUAGUGAGGCUUUUCAAUAUCGAGUGGCAAGAUGCUCUGAACCAAUCUGAGGUAACUGUGAAAGAAUUUCAAAAGAAUCUUGGGAACCAGGUGGGCAGUUUUCUGCAAGAUAAUCCGGACGCCUAUUAACAGCAAUGAGCAGCGUACAGGGUGUGAUUAGAGAAUCAAAACUAAGUAAAAAAACUCUUAAUUGUAAUGUAAUGUAAUGAAACACAUACCCCACGAACAAUCCCAUAAUUUAGCCAAAGACUAUAGUUGUAUGUAACCGAAAAUAUUAUAGCACGGUGAUGGCGAAUUUUUACAACUCGACAUGUUGUCAAAAGUGGAAAAGAUUGGUAAUUACUUAAAUGGCGUGUUAAAAACGCAUAAAAAUUCUAAAGAGAAUAAUAAAAUCAUAGAAAAAUUAUAGAAAUUAAAGAAUCAUAGGAAUAUAUUGAAAUAAUAAAAUUGUUUAGAUCUCUAUCUAGGAGCUUUCAACAAAAACAAAACUACACUGCAAUAUAUGUUUAACUAACUGUAGCAUACAUUUUAUUUAAUAAUUUUCUUAUUACUACACUUUUGCAAAAAGUUUUUCUGUGCAAAGUGUACAAUUUCAGGCAUCCCAGUGUUAAUUAAGUCACAAUAUUUUAAUAAAACAGUCUUACACAGUUUUAUUAAAAUAUUUCGAUUUCUCGUACUUUUUUAUUCAAAUAUGCAAAACGAAAGUUAAAAUCACUAUAAGAUAAAGUUUAAAAGAGAAAGAAAGAGAAAAAUUUUAUAAGUUUUAAAGAACAUUAUAAAUUUUUUUGCUCAACUAAAAACAGAUAAUUUUUUUAUAAAUUCUUGGUAGAAAUAAUCAGAAAUAUAAUUAGACUGGAGAAUAACCACAGUUUCGUCGAUUGUUAAUUUGAUAAAUAACUGAUGACUAUGAGAACAUUAAUGUCCAAUAAAAUUAAAACAACAGCAAAAUCCUUUUUUGUCAUGAUGUAUUGCAAGAAAGACCCAGCGAGAAAUGACUUCGAUCGACGUCGAAACGAUGUCGAGCGACAAGUUAUUUCUCACUGGGAAGGAGUGGCAUAUGAUAGAUUUGCCACCACUAUAUCAAUACAAUUCAAAGUGUAAUCUAUAUUAUCAGUACGAGAAUUUUUAUGAAAAUAUGAAACUUGUGCAAAUGAUAAAUAUGGACAUACGUAAAGAAGAACCAAUUAAUCAAACCUACAGAGGCAGAUUUCGCGCAGUGUCUGUUGUAAAUUAUGUCGGUAGCUUGCUAGCAGAAAUACAACAGGAUCUGCUAGUAGAGUGAUAGAUGUCAAUGAUAAAUUGAUGACAAAAACGAGUAAAAUCUGUCAUUUCACAACUAUUUAAAUGUAUUUGGAUGGAACAUACUGCAAAUCCUACUGGAUUUCUGCCGCCGAUCCGCUAUCAAGUUAUAUCAGCAAGCUCGACAGAGCACGUGCUUAGUACAGACACAGAUAGCUAUGGAUCUGCCACGGAGUCUGAUCGAAUCUGCCUGCAUGCUACUAAUAUUUUCUUUAUCUAGGAUUACUACUUUAUUUUCCAUUAUAUAUACGUACAAAUACAUGCGUUUCAUUGUAAAUACAUAGAUUAAACAUAAAUAAUGUAUAUGCAUUAAUUAAUAGAUACAAAAUAUAUAUUUUUA